AUGUCGACCAUCGGCGCGUCGCUGGAGCGCUCGGGGCUCGGCGUCGAUCCCGUGCGGAUCGUAUCGCGACGUCGCACCGCGAAACGCGCCGCGCGGAGCACCCCGGCGGCCGCGUCGGGCGGCGAUAGGAUCUCGGACGUCACCGCCGUCGCGUCCCAAACGUCCCAACAACCCUCCAGGCGCGUCGCGCUCGCCUCCAUCGUCCUGGCGGCGGCGUCCGUCGGCGACGUCCGCGACCCAUCCGCCAUCGCGUCGACGAGCGAGCCGAUCGUGGGCGACUGCCCGGAAUGCGUCGGCGUCGUCAACGACCUCCUGAACAGCUGUCCCCCGGAGACCGAGGCGUGCGUGUCGUCUCAGGACGACGAUGAGUACCACUUCACGGCGCCGUGGGCCUACCCCGGAGACCGCGCGACCGCGAUGAGGAGGCUCGUCGCCGUCGCCACCGGCGCGGAGACGGGAAGAAUCGCGGGCGAAGCCUCGCCCGGCGCCGACGCCGGCGCCUCCAUCGACGUCUACGGCCGCGAUAAGCGCGAGGUGGCCGAGUUCAUCGUCGGCGCAACGGGUGCCUUCAUCAGGGGUGGGGGCCGCGACUCGCUUCCGCCCAAGCCGCCCAUACGCGGCGCGCCAUCGCGCGGCGGCGGCGGGAUGGGGGUUGGUCUGGUCGGUAAGGUGUUCGGCGCGGACGACGCGGGCGCGGGUUCGAUCUCGGCGACCGCCGUCAGGGUCGCCGCGUACGACGAAGCCGCCGGGUACGUGAGGCUCGUCGCGGGUGGCGACACAGCUGGCGGCGACGUCGACACAGCUGUGGCUCGCGGCGACGUCGACACGGCUGGCGGGGAUCUCGGGACGUUCGACGUGGAGUUGCUGUUUUGGGACGAUGACGAGGUGGUGAACGUGAGGGUGGCGUCGAGGGACGCCCCCACGAACGGCCGAUGGUCGCUGAGCUACGUGGACGGGGUGCGAUUUAACAAAAACGCCGCGAGGGACCUGGCGGAGGCUCUGCGAAUCUCGCUCGGGUGGGAAGUCCUGCCGGUGAUCAGCGAGUUCGACCCGAGGUUCAACAACGGAAAGAGGCUGUGGUUCGAGAAGGCGCUGUCGCCGUUCGUGGAUCCCUCGGUCAUGGACGCGCCGCGCGGGGGUAAGGGCCCCUACAGCCGGUAA